AUGCCCCUCGCACUUGGAAUACCCACAGACGAUGAGUUUCAAGUCUUUGUCCCUAUGAUGUUCGAAGCUAUGGGCGGACGAAGCGAGUUCGUAAAUGCAGUCUGGCCGGAUGGACACACGAAGGAAGGGCAAGAGAUGUCAGUCCAGCGGUUCCUCUUUCUGAAACAGAUCGACCCAUCCACAAGGUGGUCCAAAGUCACCGACACGGAUACAGGAGAGAUAUUAGGAGUCGCGCAGUGGAAUGUUUAUGAAGAUGCAAAACCUCAGGAGAUGAUCGUUGAUGGACCCCCUGGAACCUGGAAGAAUGAUGACGAAAAAGAGUUUGCUCAAGAGAUUUUCAAAUCCUUCAUGGAAGAGCGGUGGAAGUUUAUCCGAGAAAAUGACCUCCCAAUUAUUGCACUCAACAUCAUGACUGUAGCUCCUAAGCACCAGUAUCAAGGGGUCGGCACACUUCUUCAAAAGUGGGGAACAGAUCUUGCCGACAAGAUUGGAGCAACUUGCAUUGUCGAAGCCACGGUAGAAGGGCGCUGGCUUUACGAAAAAGGUGGAUUCGUGGUUCAGCGACACCACCUACUAGAAGUUCCUCAGAAGUUUCAAGGUCGACAGCAGCAACGCAUAUUCUUCAUGACAAGGCCAAGGCGCUCUUAG